GGCUAACGGGGGGGUCCAAGUCGCCCUGGGAGCCCUGGGGUUCUCUAACGUGCUGGCCCAGAGCGCAGAGUGGAGAAGGCAGAUACGGAAUUCACGCCAGGGAGCGGAGGAGGAGCUGGGAAACCGGAGACAGCCCGCCUCCGCCCGGCCCCAGCGCGUAACAGAGCUGCGAGCCCGACUGCCCGGGGCGUGUCACCGCCGAGGAGCGGGAAGCGCUGAGGCGUGGCAGGGCAAAAAUCAACGGAGGACGCCCCUGAAAGAGCAAGAGCACGUGGGCCUGCGAGGAUGGCGCGGACAGCAGGCCAGCCAGGCGGCGUCCCGCAGCCGGGCCAGACUACCGGACCUCCGCCCCAGUGGCCGCCACCAACACCGCCAUGGCGCCCUGGCCCGUCAAGAAGCGGCCAGUGCGCAGGCGCGCCCGGGGACCAGCAGGUGGGCGGGGUCAUGAGCCGGAAGUGGCCUUUACUUCGGGCCCCUCCGGAAACUCGGCCGGCCGGAACUGCCUGGAGUUCCUGCCUCCAGGCGGAACCUCACGUUGCUCGGCAACCGGUGCAGGCGCCGCUGACUCGCUCCAGGCUGCCCGAAGCAAGCCUAGAGUAGCGGCUCCCUACUGCGCGGGCCCGCUUGCGUGGCGCCCGCUUCCCCGAGAGCCGUGUCCCCGCGCGUCGCGGCAUCCCUGCCCUUGGCACUAUUUACACGUCUCCGGCUCCCACGACUCCUUAACCCCCACCUGCCACAGAGCCCACCUCCAUCGAAGGGGAGGUGGUUCGACCCCCGACAUGGCGUCGGCGAUGACGGACCGCAAUCCUCGGGCGGCCUCCGGCACCUACACCUACACCAGCAGGCCCCGAGCCGUGCCUUGUCAGCGUCGCCGCUACCGGGACAGCCUGUUGCAGCCAGCUGAAGAACCUUUGAAUUACGGAAACAUAAUGUAUGACAGAAGGGUGAUCCGAGGCAACACCUAUGCACUCCCCACGGGACAGGUGCCCGGACAGCCUGAUCCUCUAGAGCUUCAGCGACAGCAGCAGGCCAGGAGGAGGGCUCUUGCCAGAAAGCGUGCCCAAGAGCAGCUCAGACCGCGAACACCUGAGCCUGUGGAGGGCAGAAAGCACGUGGAUGUGCAGACAGAAUUAUACCUUGAAGAGAUUGCUGACCGCAUAGUUGAAGUGGACAUGGAAUGCCAGACGGAUGCAUUUCUGGAUAGACCACCAACACCACUCUUCAUUCCUGCCAAAACUGGCAAAGAUGUGGCCACCCAAAUACUAGAAGGAGAGCUCUUUGACUUUGACCUUGAAGUCAAACCAAUGUUACAAGUUCUGGUGGGGAAGACGAUUGAACAGGCCCUCCUGGAAGUCAUGGAAGAGGAGGAACUAGCCAAUCUGCGGGCCAAUCAGUACGCAUACGAAGAAAUCCGCAACGUGGAGCUGGCUGAAGUGCAGCGGUUGGAAGAGCAGGAGAGACGGCACCGAGAAGAGAAGGAACGCCGUAAGAGACAGCAGUGGGAAAUCAUCCAUAAGCACAAUGAGACAUCACAGAAAAUCUCAGCUCGUGCGUUUGCACAGCGGUACUUGGCUGACCUCCUCCCGUCUGUCUUUGACAGUCUCAGGAACAGUGGCUACUUUUAUGAUCCAAUUGAAAGAGACAUUGAAAUAGGAUUCCUUCCAUGGCUAAUGAAUGAAGUUGAAAAAACCAUGGAGCACAGCAUGGUGGGAAGAACCGUGCUUGACAUGUUGAUCCGUGAAGUGGUUGAAAGAAGGCUAAACAAUUACGAGCGCAGGGAAGACACACAGCCCUCUAUGAGGUUGGAUGAUGUGCUUAGUGGCCCUGACACAGUGACAGAACCCUCGGACUUCCAAAACAACUUUGAUCUGCAGAAGAAAGAAUCCCUGAAACUGAAAUUAAGUCAAAUAAAAUAAGUCCACUCUGAGGAACAGAGGCAAAGAUGAGUGAAGGAAAACAAAAAGAGCUUUGAAGACUUGUACAAAGUUAUCAGGCAUACCAGGAUGUGCACAGAGCUCCAGAAACCUAUGCAAAGCCAUCUCAGGCAAACCAGAGUGUGCACAAAGCCCUGGAGACCUGUGCAAAGCCGUCAGGCAUACCAGGGUGUGCACAGCACCUCGAAGACCUGUGCAAAACCGUCAGGCAUACCAGGGUGUGCACAGAGUCCUGAAGAGAUAUGCAAAGCUGUCAGGCAUAGCAGGAAAUGCACAGAGCCCCAGAGACCUGUGCAGAGCUGUCAGGUGUACCAAGAUGUGCACAGGGAAUACCAGAUGGAAAGAAGAGAAAGAGUCCAGAAGAGGAUUUGAAGACACAUGGCUAAAAAAUAACACAUGGUGGAAGAUAGUGGGUUUCCACAUCCAAGAGGCUCAGGGAACUCUCCAGAGAAUAAAGACAUCUACAUGGGAUGUGCCGAAGCCUUCCAAGAGAACAAGGAACUCACAACGGUAGCAGGACAAACAUGAUCUAUCAUGUGCAUGUGUUCUCAGAUUAUCAACUGACUUUACAACAUACAGACACUGUGGGGGUCAGAAGGCAGUGAGACAUAGGUGUGUUCAAGACAUAAAGACUAAUGGUCAUAGUUCUGUCUGUAACAGUGAAACUGCACUUCAAAAUGAUCAAAAACUAAGACAUUGCCAGAGAGUAAAAAACUGAUCAGUCCCAACACACCUCAUAGACUCAUUGUACACAAAAGAGCUAUGGCGAGUAGCUCUAUCAUACAGGAACUACUAAAUGCUGAAGGGAAAGAUAAUAACUCAGAUCACACAAAUAAAAAGCAUCAACAAAAAAAACAUAUGAAAAACUUUUUUAAAAAAUCGGGCAAUGG